AUGCCGGCGCCGAAGAGCCGACAGGGCGGGCCAGGGUCCGCGGGGGCGUCCCUGAAGCACUUAAACCCCACGGUGGCUGAUAGGAAGGUGAAAUUUGAGGAGCUGCCCGAGAAAUCGCUGUGGGUAUUCCGAAAGGAGAACCCCGUGCGACGGUUGUGCGUGUCGCUCAUGCGGAAUCCGUGGUUCGACAGGGUGGUGAUGACGCUGAUCCUGCUGAACUGCGUGUUUCUUGCGAUGGACAGCAGGGAGCCGGGUUUCGAAGAAACCACGAGGGGGAAAGCGGUGGACAACAGCGAGAACAUCUUCUUAUCGCUGUUCUGCGGCGAGAUGGUGAUCAAGAUCGUCGCCAUGGGCUUCUUCGUGCACCCGAACUCGUACCUCAGAGACUCUUGGAACAGGCUGGAUUUCACGGUGGUAAUUUUAGGCAUCAUCGCGGCGAUGAACCUUGGUAACUUUAGCGCCAUCAGGACGGUGAGGGUGCUGAGACCGCUCCGCACGCUGCAAGGGUUCGCGGGCAUGCGUCAGCUCGUGGUGACUCUGCUGAACUCGCUUCCGUUGCUCGGAGACGUCGCGGUGCUAAUGGCGUUUUUGUUCUUUUUGCUGGGGUUGAUGGGGGUGCAGCUGUUCAGCGGGGCGUUGAACCGGCGGUGCGCGUCGCUCGAUAACCCAAACGCGGGUUGCCACCUGUGCGGGUACGACGUGGGGUACGCGGGGUACAACGCGUCGCAGAUCGCGUCGGGGUGCGCGAGCGAUUGCGCGUUACCGGCGGCGCCGAGAUGGACCGUGCACGAGGAGACCACGUGCGGCGGUCCUCGCGUCGCAAAGUACCCUUCGAAAGGCGAAAAACCGAGCGGGUACUCCUGCCCGGACGGGCAGUGGUGCAUCGCGUACGAGGCGCCGAACCAUGACAUCACCAGUUUCGACAACAUCCUCGGCGCGUGGCUGGCGAUCUUCCAGUGCAUCAGCCUGGAGGGAUGGGUGGACAUCAUGUACUGGACCCAAGACGCGGUGAGCGAGUGGAGCUCGUGGUACUUCGUGGUGAUGAUCAUCAUGGGCUCCUUCUUCGCCAUCAACCUCGCGCUCGCGGUGCUGUACGUCAGCUUCACCACCGAGCGCAAGACGGACAAGGAGCAGCACUCGGACGCCAUCGCCGCGGAGAAGGAGGCGAACAGCAAGCUCCUAAAGUCGAUGGAGAGCGAGGGCGCGUACCAGGCGGCGCAGGUGGCGGACUUGCAGCGGCGUCUGAGCGACGCGUCGCCGGGGCGGAAGAGCGCGCCGCCGUCACCGUCCGUGUCCCCGCACGAAUCCUUCGUCGCGGCGACUCCGCCCAACGGCGGCGGGGAUAAACGGCUCGAGGACACAAUCGCGGAGGAGGUUGAGAUGGGAACUUUUGAGGAUGCCGACGGCGCCGAGACGCCCGCGACCGUUACGACCGUUACGACGACGACGAACGACGCGCACGGGGGCGACGUGGCGGUGCGACGACCGAGCGUCUUCGACAGCGCUUUCCGCCCGGAGAAGUUCGGAAGCGCGAUGGUGACGCCGCUUCCGAUGCGGACGGUUGACGAGGACGGCGACGACGAUUUCGCGGACCAGCCGUGGCUCGCAGAGGGUUUCGCCACGCCGCAGGAGUGGGUGAGACACCACGGCGGCGAGAUCGAAGACGUGCAGAUCGUCGACGGCGUGCCGGUGGUGGUGCCGCCGUCCUUGGCGCAGCGGUUUCAGCGCACGUGCCGCGUGCUCGCGAUGUCGGCCACGGUGGGGAAGGUGACGAUGUUCCUGAUCAUACUAAACACGGUGUUGAUGGCGAGCGAGUUUCACGGGAUGAGCAAGGGUCAGAUUGACGCUUACGAGGGGAUCAACUACUUCGUCACCGCGUACUUUGCGCUGGAGAUGGUUAUGAAGAUGAUCGGGUUGAAGUGGAGGGCCUACAUCGCGGACAGGUUCAACAUCUUCGACGGGGUGGUGGUGAUUAUCAGCAUCAUCGAGCUGGCAGUCGCGGAUGGCGGCGGCAACCUCACCGUCCUCCGCUCCUUCAGGCUCCUUCGGAUCCUCAAGCUCGCGAGGUCGUGGCCGCAGCUGAGGAAGAUCAUCGCGACGAUCCUCGACACCAUACCGUCCAUGAGCUCCCUCGCCGGGAUGCUGUUCCUUUUCAUCUUCAUCUUUGACCUGCUCGGGCUGCAGCUCUUUGGGUACGAGUUUGUCUUUUGCGAUUCGUACGGGGUGGACGGCGCCGCGCCGACGUGUCCGCCGGGCGUGGCGGAGACUGCGUGCCCCAAUCGCAAGGACUGUUACGUCGCGUGCAAGGCUUCGCAGGUUGGCACGUGGAUAGAGUACGCGUCGGGCGCCGCCGGCUACUGCGCAGAGUACGGGGGCGGUGAAACGGCGCUGGCUAGGCUCGGGAUGAGCGAUCAGCCGAGGCACCACUUUGACGAUUUCUUCUGGGCGUUCAUCACGAUCUUCCAGGUGCUCACGGGCGAAAACUGGAACGAGGUGUUGUACGACGGCAUGCGGACGAAGGGCGACGCGGCUUGCCUGUACUUCAUCCUGCUGGUUGUCAUCGGCAACUACAUCGUGCUCAACCUUUUCCUGGCAAUCCUGCUCGAUAACUUUGCCGACAUGGACAGCAGCGGGGAGACCGCUGCGGAGACCGCCGCGAGGGAGGAACGCAAGGCUGCCGAUCUUCAGCGCAAGAAGGAAUUGGCGCUGGAGAGGCGGAAGACGGCCCGAGAGGAGUGGAUGAAGCUGCAGGCGCAGGCGUCGCUCUUGUCGUCGGGACAAAGCAAAUCUCUGAAGGCGGCGGCGACUGGCGGCGUGGUGACUCUCUCGGUGAUGGACCGAGCGCGAAUACAGGUGAAGCGCCUGAUCCUACAUCCAAAGUUCGAUCAGUUCGUCAUCUUGCUCAUCCUGGUGUCGUCCGUGUUGCUCGCGGUGGAUUCGCCAAACGUCGACGAAGAUUCAAAGCUGAAAAAGGCUCUGAACAUCACGGAUGUGGUUUUUGUGUGCCUGUUCGGCUUGGAGGCGGCGAUGAAGAUAUUCGCGCUCGGGGUCAAGAAGUACUUUGCCAAUGGAUGGAACCUGAUGGACUUUGUCAUCGUGUUCAUAGGCGCGAUUGGAGCCAUCCUGGAGCUCAGCGGAAGCGCGACGAUGCAGGCGGCGAGGUCGAUGCGAUCUUUCCGAGCGCUUCGCCCGAUGCGCAUGGCUGCGAGGGCGGAGGGAAUGCGAAUCGUGAUCGAGGCGCUGUUCCAGGCGGUCCCGCCCAUCAUGAACGUGGCGCUCGUGUGUAUCCUGUUCUACCUCAUCUUCGGCAUCCUGGGGCUGAACCUGUUCAUGGGUAAGAUGUACCGAUGCGUCUACGACGGCACCGACGACGUCAUCAACUCCCCGGCGAUGGGCAUAGCGGCCAGGGACGUCACCAAGCGGUGGUGCGCGUCGGGCACGCAUCUCACCGGGUGCGUCGGCGGCGCCCGCGUCGCGCUGUACUCCUCGGGUGCGAACGGCUGGGCUUGCACGCGCGUGACGUCGACCGUCUCCGAGCUCAACGUGGAUUUGAAUCGCGUCGAGACCUUCUCGGGGUCGUGGACGUGCGCGGCGUCCGCGGACACCCUCGCGGUGCUCACCGCGGACCCGUACGAUCCCACGGAGUCGUUCGGCACGAGGGCUACGUACGUGGACGGCACGAUCGGCGCGGUCGGGUACAACGCCACGGUCGUGCGCGAGGCGGUGACGACGGCCCAAGCGACUGGCGCGUUUUCGUCAACCUGCGAACCGCGCUUCGAGGCGCACGAGUGGAAGAAACCGGAAAAUUACAAUUUCGACAACAUCGGCGCCUCGAUGCUCGUGCUGUUCGAGACGGCGACGCUCGAGAUGUGGCUCGAGGUGAUGUACCACAGCGUGGACGCCGUCGCCGAGGGCCUGCAGCCUCGGCUCAACUACAACGAGGGAGCCGCGCUCUUCUACGUCGUGUUCAUCAUCAUCGGCGCUUUCUUCGUGAUGAACCUGUUCGUCGGCGUGACCAUCGACAAGUUCAACGAGAUGAAGGAGACCCAGGAGGAGGAGGACGAGAUCGAGGGGCGCGCGAAGGGGGCGUCGCUCUUCGUCACGGAGGAGCAGCGGCGGUGGCAGCUGGUGGAGCGGAUGAUGUCAAAGUGUAAACCCACUCGGGUCUAUGAGCCGCCUAAGCACCCGGCGCGCGCGAAGGUCUUUGGCGUCGUGACGAACCCGUUGUUCGACGUGUUCAUCAUGAUGUGCAUCGUGGCCAACGUCGUCGUGAUGUGUCUCACCUACGCGGGUGAACCGGAGCAGUGGACGAUGGAUUUGUUCGUCGCCAACUCGUUUUUCACUUUUGUGUUUUUGUGCGAGGUCAUCGCCAAGAUCACGGCGCUGGGAGUGGUGAACUACUUCGAGGACCCGUGGAACAGGUUCGACUUCACCGUCGUGGGGUUCUCCCUCGUCGGUUUCAUCAUAACGAUGGCCACGGAUGCGAGCGCGGGGUUCAUCGCGAUGCUGCGCGUGUUCAGGGUGGCGAGGGUGCUACGGCUGGUGCGUCGCGCGCGCGGAUUGCGAACGCUGCUGCAGACGCUGCUGUUCUCGCUGCCGGCGCUCCUCAACGUCGGAAGCGUCCUGGUUCUCUUCUUCUUCAUCUUCGCCAUCAUGGGCAUGAACCUGUUCGGCAAGGUGAAGAAGGCGGACCACCUCACGCGGCACGCCAACUUUGACUACUUCCCGGAUAGCAUGCUCGUGCUCUUCCGGUCCUCAACCGGAGAGAUGUGGAACGGGAUCAUGCACGACUGCAUGGUGUACCGAAAGUGCUACGAGAUACAGGUCGGGCCGUACGCCGGCACUUACGUGGACAAGGGCGAUCCGCUGCUAGACGGGCUGCGCUUGGGAGAAGACGGGUACGAAGACAGGUGCACGCCGUCUUACAUCGGCACCAUCGUCUACUUUGUCCUCUUCAUCCUCAUCUGCGGCUUCGUCAUGCUGAACCUGGUCAUCGCGGUGAUUCUGGACAACUUCCAGAGUUAUUCCGGAAACGUUGACCUGCCCGUCAGCGAGGAGGACUUCACGCACUUCGCUCUGGAGUGGGGACGAAUCGACCGCACGGGUUCUUAUUACAUCGCGGUUGACAAGUUACCCAAGCUCCUGAAGCGACUCAGCGCUCCGCUGGGCGUGAAGAACCUCCCCAAGGGCAUGAUCAAACGGAGCCUCAUCCUGACGCUGUUCACGUGCAACGUGUCCGUGGAGGAGGGGAAGGUGCAUUUCAGCUCGGUGCUCAAGGCGCUCGCGGCGAGGCUCGACGGCAUCGAACCACCGCCCGAGCCUCCCAAGCGACGCAGGCGCCGCGGCUCCGUGGGCUCGACGAUUUCCGAGGCUGAGGAGGAGGAACUCUUCGGACCGUACGGCGAGGACGACAAGGUGAAGCACAUUUUCGCCGCGAUACACGUGCAGAGCGCGUGGCGACGUAAGGAGGCGAUGCGGCGGGUGCAGCUCGCCAAGAUUCGCGCGCGAAAGCACAAGGGAACCGCGCAGGGCGCGGCGGCGCACAAAGCAGCGGAGGAUGCGGAGCGACGGCUGGCAAAGUCGACGAGCAUGACGUCGGAUCGAUCGUCCGCGUCGCACGCGUCCUCCGCGUGAUGGGAUUUGCGUAGAUUUGGUACCCAAGGUAAAAGACGAACUCGUGUUGACA